AUGGGAGACAUAUUUAAGGUUAGUAUACAUUCUACUAUUCUCAACGAGAUAAAUUAUAAAUACGAGUUGCAAUGUUCCAUUCAAGGUCAACAGAACGUUGCUCAAUGUUACUUGUUAUUGGGAAACAAAAAUGAAACUUCAGUCGUCAGAAAAUGUUUACAGAUACCCAUGAGUAUAAAUGAAUCACAUAAUUUUGAAUUUUUGAUAGAUAUUCAAUCAUUCCAUAAAAGAUAUCAUCUCAUAAGACAAGUACAAUCAAAUGAUAUCGUACCGUUAGGCAUAUUUUUGGUUAAUAGCAAGAUAUUCCACUAUGAUGAAAUAAUAGAAUCAACAUUUGUAUUAAACGAUUUGGGAUUAGAAUUACCAUUAGAUAUACUGUUCAGAUAUGAACCAAUGCAAAUUACUAAUGAUAUCAACUGUUCAUUAGAAUGUUAUCAAAGAGACAAUGAAAGUAUAGCGAUCAACUUUCAAAGGAGAAUAUUUGAGAUUAUAAUGGAUACACAAAUCGAAAUUUCAAAUGAUGUAAUGCAUAAAAGGAUAGACGAGGAUACAAAUAAUGGAAUAAUAACAGAUUCUAUAAGAACUUAUCACAAUAUUGAUUAUUCAAUGUCAGCUUUUCAAGAGUUUAACAAUAUUAAUGAAAACGAAGAUAAAUUAGUAACCGAUUUAAUUAAAAGAGUAGAUUCAAUAAUAUCGUUCUUAUCACAAACAAGAUAUAACCCUCACAUAUAUAAUGAAAAUUAUGAGUUAUUACUGAGGAAAGUAUCUAUACUAGUAUCUAAAUUGGAAUUGGAACCAACUUCAGAUAUAGAAAACGAGAUUUUAAACAAGGAGAACGAAAUUAAAUUACUUCAAAUUGCAUGCAAUCAAUGGGAAAUGGCGACUCCCCAUUAA